AUGGAGAGGGGGCCAUUGUGUGUCCUGGUGCUGUUGCUGACUCUGGGGGGCACCUCUGGGCAGGAUGGAGAGUACUGCCAUGGCUGGGCAGACAGCUCACAGCUCUGGCAUAGGGGCUUUCGGUGCCCAGAGCACUACGACAGCCCAGAGGCUACUCUGUGCUGCGGCACCUGCAACCUGCGCUACUGCUGCUCAACCAGAGAGGCUCGGCUGGACCAAGGCUUGUGUCCUAGUGACCAUCACCAGACCAGUCCCAAGCCUUCAUCAGAAACACCUUCCAGCUUGCCCAUGUACUUACCUUUCCUCCUCGUUGGGUCCAUAUUUGUGGCUUUCAUUGUCAUUGGGGCCUUCGUUGGUAUUUGCUGCUGUAGAUGCCUGAAAUCCCAGGAUGAAGAGCAGCAACAUGGGCCUGCACCAAUCCAGAGUCAGCUGCUCGAAGCUGCUGCUCCUCCUUGGUUCUCCAGUUCAGCCACCAGAUGCUCCUUGGGUAGUCAUCCUCAGACCAGUAACAUCUGCCUGAGCAUGGCUCCACCUUUCCCCAUCAUAGGGUCCUCUCAAGGAGCCCAGUUCUUGCCUCCUACAUCAACCAAUGGAUCCCUUUUGCACCCUGCAUAUUAUUGGGGUGGGAGGAAAUAA